AUUACCCCGCGACGGCUGAGCGCCCUCUGUACUGCGCAUGCGUAUAAUUGUCAAGUCCUUGGACGCUGUGAUCGCUGUAGGUGAAGCGGUCUUGAACGGGACGUACUGUCAAAAUGCAGAGCUGGAACCAUCUAUAUCGCACACUCGCCACGCGAGGUCAGCAUCUCCCCUGCAAGUUGCAUGGAGCCACAGUCCUAUCUGCAAGAACGUAUGCUGACAAAGCAGCAAUUGAUGCUGAUGUCACAGUUGUGGGCUCUGGGCCUGGAGGUUACGUCGCGGCCAUCAAAGCAGCUCAGCUUGGCUUCAAGACAGUAUGUGUGGAGAAGAAUGCGACUCUCGGAGGAACGUGCCUAAAUGUGGGCUGCAUCCCGUCAAAGGCUCUGCUCAACAACUCUUAUCUAUAUCACUUGGCACACGGAAACGAUUUUGAAAGCAGAGGGAUUGAAAUUCAGGGGAUCUCAUUGAACCUGGAAAAGAUGAUGGCACAGAAGAGUGGAGCAGUCAAGGCCCUGACAGGAGGAAUCGCACACUUAUUCAAACAGAACAAAGUUACUCACGUCAAUGGGUAUGGAAUGAUAACUGGUAAGAAUCAAGUGACGGCAAAGUCCGCUGAUGGAGAUCAGGUUAUAAACACCAAGAACAUCCUCCUCGCUACUGGAUCAGAGGUCACCCCUUUCCCAGGGAUCGAGAUCGAUGAAGAAACCAUAGUGUCUUCCACUGGAGCUUUAUCACUCAAGAAGGUUCCAGAGGAGCUCAUUGUGAUCGGGGGUGGAGUCAUCGGUGUGGAGUUGGGGUCUGUGUGGCAGAGGCUGGGUGCAAAAGUCACGGCUGUGGAGUUUCUCGGCCACGUCGGUGGAAUGGGUAUCGAUAUGGAGAUCUCCAAAAACUUUCAACGAAUUCUUCAGAAGCAGGGCUUGAAGUUCAAACUGGGCACCAAGGUCAUGGGCGCCACCAAGAGAGCUGACGGAAAGAUCGAUGUGGCCGUGGAGGCAGCUGCCGGUGGCAAGAACGAGACGCUCGUCUGUGACGUUCUGUUGGUGUGCAUUGGGCGCCGCCCCUUCUGCCAAAACCUCGGGCUUGAGUCUGUUGGUAUUGAACUGGAUGGCAGAGGAAGGAUACCUGUCAACGGCCGCUUUCAGACCAAAGUGCCCAGUAUCUAUGCCAUUGGAGAUGUGAUAGCUGGACCCAUGCUGGCUCACAAAGCUGAGGAUGAGGGUAUUAUUUGUGUCGAGGGAAUGGCAGGAGGAGCCGUCCAUAUCGACUACAACUGUGUGCCCUCCGUCAUUUACACUCACCCUGAGGUUGCCUGGGUCGGAAAGACCGAAGAACAGCUCAAAGAGGAGGGCGUGCCAUAUAAAGUGGGCAAAUUCCCCUUUGCUGCCAAUAGCAGAGCAAAGACAAAUGCUGAUACGGAUGGACUGGUAAAGAUCCUCAGCCACAAGGAUACAGACCGGAUGUUGGGAGCUCAUAUUGUGGGAACGGGGGCAGGAGAGAUGAUCAAUGAGGCUACAUUAGCUAUGGAGUACGGGGCUUCAUGUGAGGAUAUUGCCAGAGUUUGCCAUGCCCACCCUACUGUGUCAGAGGCCUUCAGAGAAGCUAACCUUGCUGCUUCAUUUGGAAAAGCUAUCAACUUUUAGAUUUUCUUCACAAACACAUGUAUAUAAAUGUCUGUUGCGUAAUUUUCUGUCCACGCACAUUCUAGGGUACCCAGGUUUCUGGGCUUUCUGGUGUAACCUUCAUGCAACUGUUCAGAAUAACCCUGUAAAACAUUAAGUAUGUUAUUUAAACGUCCUAAUAAAGGAACCUGGGUCUUAUAUUGAAUUUUCUCUUUCUGAGCAAAAUGUUAUGUGGGUUUCAGAUGUUCAGUUAAAUAAGUUUUAUGCAGACGGUCAUAAAUAUGAGCGAAGCAAUCAUUUUUAAAACGUUGAAAAUUUUGAUUUCGGCUGUAUUAUUCUACAUGGUAGAUUAAUAAAGAGGGAGAUGCUGUA